AUGGUAUCGACCGGAGAUGGCGCCACUGGCUCGAAUGCCGCCAAAAUGAAGAUACUGCUUCUGGACAACGAUACUGUCUCGGUCGUCUCAUCAGCAACGACACAAUCAGCUCUCCUAAACCACCAAGUCUAUCUGACCGAUCGCCUCGACAACCAGAACAGAGAGAAGAUGCGCCAUCUUCGCUGCCUUUGUUUUGUGCGUCCAUCUCCUGACACUAUCCAAUUCUUGAUAGACGAGUUCCGCGAACCAAGAUACGGCGAAUACCACAUCUACUUUAGCAACAUAGUCAAAAAGUCGUCUCUCGAACGUCUUGCCGAAGCAGAUGACCACGAGGUUGUAAAAGCUGUCCAUGAAUGUUUCGCCGACUACUUGGUUGUCAAUCCAGACCUUACCUCACUCGCCCUCGAACACCGCCUCUGGAGCUCAAGUCCCGACAUGUGGAACCAAGAUUCCCUCGCAAGAGCCACAGAUGGUGUCAUUGCUCUGCUGUUGUCGCUCAAGAAGCGACCCAUGAUUCGAUUCCAGAAGAACAGUCUACUUGCGAAAAAGCUAGCGACAGAAGUCCGCUACCAGAUGACUCAAGAAGAACAGCUUUUCGACUUUCGAAAGACUGAUACAGCCCCUAUACUCCUGAUCGUUGAUCGAAGAGACGACCCUGUCACUCCAUUGUUGACUCAAUGGACAUAUCAAGCAAUGGUGCACGAGCUUCUGGGUAUAAAGAAUGGUAGAGUGGACCUCAGUCAUGUACCGGACGUUCGACCAGAAUUCAAGGAAAUCUUCAUCAGCCAAGACCAAGAUCCGUUCUUCAAGAAGAACAUGUACCUCAAUUUCGGUGAUCUCGGUCAGAAUGCCAAAGACUACGUAGAACAAUUCGCCUCGAAGCAGCAAUCUAGUCACAAGCUUGAGUCUAUCGAGGAUAUGAAGCGUUUCGUCGAGGAUUAUCCAGAGUUCCGCCGCCUUUCUGGAAACGUGACGAAGCAUGUGACUCUGGUGACAGAGCUCAGUCGCAGAGUUGGGGAGGAGAACUUGCUGGACAUCAGCGAGCUGGAACAAAGUCUUGCCUGUAACGAGAACCACUCGAACGAUUUGAAGACCCUGCAGCGACUCAUCCAGAAUCCGAAAACACCUCCUGAUAACAAGCUACGUUUGGUGGCAAUUUACGCCCUUCGAUAUGCUUCUCACCCUUCAAAUUCGACACCAGCGCUUAUGGACCUUCUUGCGGUCGCUGGAGGCCUCUCUCGCCAUCGGAUCAACCUGAUUCCCAAGCUUCUCACAUAUGCGCAUUCCUUGCAGUCGUUACCACAGACUGGCGUCAUUCCGGAUCUUUUCCAGCCUUCCUCCAUAUUCCAGGGCGCCAGGGAGCGUUUCAACAGAGGUCUUGGUGGCGUAGAGAAUGUAUACACACAACACUCGCCACGCCUGGAGACGACGUUACAGGAUCUGAUAAAGGGCCGUCUCCGUGACAACCAGUAUCCUUUCGUUGAAGGUGGAGGCACUACAAGGGAUAAGCCUCAGGACGUCAUCGUGUUCAUGAUUGGUGGUGCAACCUAUGAAGAGGCCAGAAUGGUCGCACAGGUCAAUGCCAGUAGCCCUGGUGUGAGGGUGGUGCUGGGUGGAACUUCGAUACACAACAGUGGGAGCUUCUUGGACGAAGUCGAAGGAGCGGUCGACAGUUGGCCAGAGGCACCACCGACUAGUGCGGCAGGCAGAUUGAGAAAGGAAGUAGGCAGGGUUUGA